AUGGCCGAUGGGUUGUCCGUGAUUCCAGCAUCGGUUAUCCGUAACCUCUCAGAUAAGCUCUACGAAAAGCGCAAAAAUGCUGCUCUCGAGGUGGAAGGGAUAAUUAAGCAAUUGGCCGCAGCUGGAGAUCAUGAUAAAAUUACUGCGGCGAUCAAUUUUUUGGCCAAUGAAUUUACUUAUUCACCUCAGGCAAACCAUCGCAAAGGAGGGUUGAUAGGAUUGGCAGCAGCUACAGUGGCUUUGUCUUCUGAAGCAUCACAACAUCUUGAGCAAAUUGUACGACCAGUCCUAUAUUCCUUUUCUGAUCAAGAUAGCAGAGUUCGUUAUUAUGCAUGUGAAGCUCUGUAUAACAUUGCAAAGAUUGUGAGAGGAGAUUUUAUAGUGUUCUUCAAUCAGAUUUUUGAUGCUCUGUGUAAGCUUUCAGCUGACUCAGAUGCCAAUGUACAGAGUGCUGCUCAUCUUUUGGAUAGACUCGUAAAGGACAUUGUGACAGAGAGUGAUCAGUUCAGCAUUGAAGAAUUUAUACCGUUGUUGAGAGAACGAAUGAAUGUCCUAAACCCUUUUGUGCGACAAUUUCUGGUAGGAUGGAUUACUGUUCUUGACAGUGUUCCAGAUAUAGAUAUGCUGGGCUUUCUUCCUGAUUUUCUUGAUGGCUUAUUUAACAUGCUAAGUGAUUCCAGCCAUGAAAUAAGGCAACAAGCAGACUCAGCACUCUCAGAAUUUCUUCAAGAAAUAAAGAACUCUCCAUCUGUAGAUUAUGGUCGCAUGACUGAAAUACUGGUCCAGAGGGCAGUGUCGCCGGAUGAAUUUACUCGAUUGACUGCUAUUACUUGGAUUAAUGAGUUUGUCAAACUUGGUGGGGAUCAACUUGUUCCUUAUUAUGCUGAUAUUCUUGGGGCCAUUCUACCUUGCACGUCAGACAAAGAAGAGAAAAUAAGAGCUGUUGCUCGUGAGACAAAUGAUGAAAUUCGUGGAAUCAAGACUGAUCCAAGAGAAGGAUUUGAUGUAGGUGCAAUCCUCUCGGUAGCAAGGAGGCAUUUGUCUAGUGAAUUAGAGACAACACGUAUCGAAGCACUGAACUGGAUAUUAACCCUUCUAAAUAGACAUCGAACGGAGGUUCUGUCUUUUCGCAAUGACAUUUUCGACACCCUUCUGAAGGCACUUUCUGAUCCUUCUGAUGAGGUAGUGCUUCUGGUACUUGAUGUCCAUGCAUGCAUAGCCAAAGAUGACGAGCAUUUCCACCAUCUGAUUGUUUAUUUAAUUCAGAAUUUUCGGGUGGACAACUCUCUGCUGGAAAAACGUGGUGCUCUAAUAAUCCGCCGACUUUGUGUACUGUUGGAUGCUGAAACAGUUUAUCGGAAGCUUUCCACAAUUCUGGAAGAAGAAUCUGAUUUGGAUUUUGCAUCUAUUAUGGUUCAGGCAUUGAACUUAAUUUUGCUCACUUCAACUGAGUUGUCUGACCUGCGUGGCCUCCUGAAACAAUCAAUGUUCAAUGAUGCUGGCAAGAAAUUAUUUCUUUCAUUAUAUGCUUCAUGGUGCCAUUCUCCAGGGGCUAUAAUAAGCCUUUGCCUAUUAGCUCAAACUUAUGAGCACGCUAGUUCCAUUAUCCAAUCACUGGUUGAGGAAGAUAUUAAUGUUAAGUUUUUGGUCCAGUUGGACAAACUGAUCCACCUUGUCGAGACUCCUACAUUUGCGUACCUUAGGUUACAGCUUCUUGAACCUCAAAGAUAUAUGUGGUUGCUCAAAGCUUUGUAUGGUCUUCUGAUGCUGCUACCUCAGCAAAGUCUAGCCUUCAAGAUUCUCCGGACUCGUUUAAAAACUGUACCUUCAUACUCCUUCAGUGGUGAACAAUUAAAGCAAAGUGUACUUUCGGAGGCUAAUUACACAGGCAUAUCACAAAUUUCAGAGGAUGGUGAUCCAUUUCAUGAUUCACCGAAUGUGCAUAAUGGAAUAAACUUUAUUUCAAGGCUGCAACAGUUUAAGCACAUUCAGCAGCAGCAUCAUGUGCAUUCUAAGUUGCAGGCACAGUCUCGCCGCAGUUCUUCAUCGACAAAGGAGGUACGAAGACCAGAUGAUCCAAAACAACCUUCAUUGGUGCCGGAUAAUAGCAUGCCUCCAUCAAGAUCCUUGCGCAGAGGUCCCGGACAGUUACUACUUUAA